GUAGUGACACGCAGGUCACGUGACUGCUUGACAACAACAACGCUAAGACUGCGUCCACUGAUAGACUUAUUUACGUUUCACAGCGUUGGCGGUUAUCUUUAUAAGCAGUUGCAUAUUAUGAAGAUUUUUGACAUUUGAAUAUUUCUGUCAACGCUUGGUUUUGUUAAGAAGCGUGCCAGGGGAUGCUGUAGGUUUUUCUAAUGAAGAAUGUUGUUUCUGGAAGUUAAGCCAUUGAGUGCAGAAUGGAUCCGACUGCUUCUGGAAUCUUCUGCAGCAGGAUGCUGAGCAUGGUCAACUCCGAGGACGUAAACGCAAUCAUCCAGGCCCAGAGACACAUGCUGGAUCGCUUCGAAAAGACCAACGAGAUGCUCAUUAACUUUAAUGGCUUGUCCAAUGUGCGGUUGCAGCAGAUGAACGACCGCUUUCUGCUCCACACUCGCACUUUAAUUGAAAUGAAGAAGGACUUGGACAGCGUUUUUCGCCGAAUAAGGACAUUAAAAGGCAAGAUUGCUAAGCAGUAUCCAGAGGCCUUUAGCAACAUUCGUGAGGCUUCCAGUCUGGAGGAUGAUGACGAUGACUUUGACCCUGUUCCCCCCAGUGUAGCCACCACCACUGCUAUGUCUGAACAGAGCACUGAAUCUUGUGACACAAGCCCCGACGUUAUCUCGCCAACCAUCAGCCGCUGUUCUGAGCUUUCUCAGGAGAAUCCAGACACUCCGACCUCGAACAGCCCUGAGAGGGUAGUGCUGCUGGAUGAGGGCCCAGAUUCAAUCAAUAUCUAGAGAAUCUACAGAUUUUGUUUGGACAUGUUGCUAAAGAUUUGGAAUAGCCUUGUGCUUCGCGUUUAUUAGCCUGAGCGUGUGAGACGUAACACUUCUUCUCAAGUCCAGUCACGUUAACAUAGUACUCCUAGAUGUUAUCCAGAGCUAAAAUAUGCUGUAAGUGCAUUUGCCAAAUAUGUUUUUUAGUCAAAAUGAACAGGUUUUGAAGUAAAUGAAACCUUUGUCAUUUUUUUCUUUUUCUUUUUUAGGAAUUAUUGUUAUAUAUACAGUAUGUUUUAUUAUUUCAAACUAAGAGUUUCAUGAUAGAUUAAAGUAAUAUGUCUUGGCCAAUAAUGCUCAACAUUCUUUUAAUCUCUAACUCAUGUUGGUUUGAUACACAUUAUGUUUUAAGUAUUGCUUCUUUAACUGAUGUGAAAUGUAUCCACUUAUUUUAGCGUCUGUAAAAAUUGGACAGGCUGGGCCAUUUAAAAUAAAUAUGAACAUGUGGAAAGACA